AUUCAAACUAAUUAUAAGUUUUCAUUCAUUCGUUGAUUAUAUCGUUUGGUGCGGAGAAUGAGUCAAAAGAUAGGUAUUGUCGGCAGUGGUCUGAUAGGCAGGAGUUGGGCGAUGCUGUUCGCCGCCUCCGAGUUCUCGGUUGCCAUCUAUGAUGUGAUCCACGAGAAUGUGGACACGGCUUUGGUCGACAUCCAGGCUCAGCUCAAUAACCUGGAGUCCAAGGGCUUACUUCGGGGCAAAAUUAACGACAUCAGCUCCAGACGUUACCAAUUGGGUACUAGUAGAUGGUUGACAAUCAAUGACCCCUUCUCUUGA